AUGGCCACUACUCCACUUACGAACGAGAUUUCAAUCCGCCUCGCAUGUCAAGAAGACAUACCACGGAUCAACACCAUCGAAACUUCUGCAGCCCAGCUCUUCCGCACCGUGGAUCUCGCCUGGAUCGCCGACUCCCCACCCCUUGACACGGGAACACUGCGCUCAAUGAUCGCGCAGCAGAACGUAUGGGUCGCAGUGACCGCGGACAACACAGCAGUGGGAUUUAUCGCCGUGCAAGAACUAGACGGAAUGUUGUACAUCGCCGAGAUGGAUGUCCAUGAAGAAUGGCAGAGGAGGGGCGUUGCGCGGAUGAUGCUUGAGCAGGUGGAAGGGCAGGCGAGAGGCAGGGGAUACGAGUAUCUUUCUCUCACGACGUAUCGGGAUUUGGAGUUUAAUGGACGGUUCUAUGCCAGGAUGGGGUUUGAGGAGGUGGAUGUGGACAUCGCUGGUGAGGGACAUCAACGGGAGUUGGAGGAGCAGGUGCAGUGUGGUCAUGAUAGGGCUAGGAGAUGUGUGAUGCGGAAGAGAGUCGCAGCGUAG